CCGUUAGGUGCUGCAGAGAGAGUCCCAAGAAAGAGACGUCGGCGAUGGCGCCGCUGAGGCGGACGGCGAGUGCGGCGGCGGUUCUGCUGGCCCUCAUGGGUCUUCUUCUUCUCGUGCUCUCUCCAACGGAGGCAGCAGCAGGGGCGGCAGGAGGAGAGCUCAGGAUGAAGAUUUCUGAUGGUGGUUAUUCUUAUAAUAGUACUCUUUCUCAUAUUCUUGUCGAGUAUGCAUCUGCUGUGUAUACUUCUGACCUUACCUCACUUUUGACGUGGACUUGUCCAAGGUGUCAAGGUCACACAAUGGGUUUUGAGAUGAUAGAGAUCAUUGUAGAUGUCGAGAGAUGUUUACAGGCUUUUGUUGGAGUUGCCCCUGACCCACGAUCCAUAAUUAUUGCUUUUAGGGGUACCCAAGAACACAGUGCUUCAAAUUGGAUUGAAGAUCUCUUCUGGAAGCAGCUAGAUGUAACUUAUCCUGGCAUGCCAGAUGCAAUGGUCCACCAUGGAUUUUAUUCUGCAUAUUAUAAUACAACUUUGCGGCAUGAAAUCUCGAAAUCUGUUCAGUGGGCAUGGAAGACAUAUGGAAAACUACCCAUAAAUGUUGUAGGUCACUCGAUGGGAGGGGCUUUAGCUUCGUUCUGUGCCCUUGAUCUCUCUGUUAAAUAUGGGUCACAUGAAGUUCAGCUCAUAACUUUUGGACAGCCUCGUGUAGGAAAUCCUGCGUUUGCUGCAUACUUCAAUGAUCAGGUUCCGAGAACCACCCGUGUGACCCAUGAGAAUGAUAUUGUUCCACACUUGCCACCAUAUUUUCCUUACCUAGGUGAAUGGACUUAUCAUCACUUUGCAAGAGAGGUUUGGCUUCACGAGACUGUGGUAGGAAACGUAGUUACUAAGAAUGAGACAGUUUGUGAUUGUUCAGGCGAGGACUCAACCUGCAGCAGAUCGGUCUACGGGACGAGUGUUACAGAUCAUCUUGAGUACUACGGUGUUAGCUUACAUGCCGAUUCAAGGGGAACCUGUCAAUUUGUGAUUGGCUCAUCCAAUUCGGCAUAUAGUGACAUUGUUCAAGUUGAUGGAACUAUCAUCUUAUCAAGAUAUCCGCAAGAACAACAUUCUGUUGAAUCUAUCUAAACCCUUUAACCCAGGGUAAACUGUACAGUAUAUUAUUUUGUGUAUAUAUUUCAUGGAAUGUAGAAACACUGAGUGCUCUAGGAGCUCUCCUGAGAACAAGGAAGGUUUCUCCUUUUAAAUGUGCCCCCUUUACUCAAGUGAGAAUUGUAUAUGAAGCUCCAUGAACAUUGUAGACACACCAUAAAUGAUGUACAUAAACAAUAUCACGGGAUUAAAUAAUGGAAGUAUUUGAGGGCAUCCUAUUUUUUUUCACAGUCUU